UUUAUAUUUUGUUCCAUAGAUGUCGCUGGUGUCAAGAGAACAUGGCCACUGUGACACUGCAACCAUGUGGAGAUCUUGUUCUCUGCAAGAAUUGUUCUUCUGAAAUGACAUUUAAGAGAUGCCCCAUGUGUCGAGAAUACACCCUCAGCAAAAGUGAAUUUGGGAGUCCAGUUCUGAAGGAGAGGGAUCUUCUGAGAGUGGCUAAGAGGUUAGGACGUGAUUGGUGGCAAGUGGCGAUUUUUUUAGGAGUUGAUACAACUGAACUGAAAAUUGAUGAUGAGUCUAUUGACGCUGUAAAACAAGGCUACCUGAUGCUUUACGAAUGGUUCAGGAAUUGCGACCCAGAAACACGGACACACGCAACAUUACAUGCAGCUCUUGAAGAAGCUGAAUGUGUCGCUGCGAUGGAAUGUCUAUCAUUAGACGCAAAGUGAAUUUCUGUGUAACUGUUGUUGUUUAGCCUCAGAUUAACCUUGACCAAACAGAGACUUAUGAUCAAACGCAUUCCAGCCAGGACCAUCAUGCCUAUUUCCAAAGAGAACCCACAACCACAUUGUCCAAUAUGCCCUUCUGUACAGUGAUAUCGUGUGAAUUUAGCUACUAAUUCUAGCAGGUAUAUCACUGGUUUGGCUCCUUUGUUAAAAAUUCACAUUUAAAAUAAAGACAAACUUUGAAAUGUUCA